CGAAUGUUCAAUGGCUGCCGUCCCGCCACUCAAGCCUCGAGCGCUGAGCUUAUCUUGGGACCACCCACACCUUAGGUCGGCCACGAGAGCUUUCGGCGAUCUGCGCAAAGGGCACCAUGAUAUUUUAAUCCCCCCGUAUCCUAGGUGUAACCUUAACGCCAGGCCAUAAGCACCUCGUCCUCUUUCAACCAUAAUUGCCCCAUUGCGACUUUGACCAGUCGUUGGAGCGCACUUGUUCUACGGGCUCCUUAUUUGUGUGCGACGUGUAUUUUUUGCCGGCUCGACGCAGCAAACAUGAGUUACGAGAAGGACGUUGAGAAGAUCCCAGAUACCGGAUACGAGGCUCAUUCCGAUGACACUAUACCCGGCGAGACCUUGAACUACACUGGCACAUUUGGCAAGCUGCAGUCGAUUGCUGGUAAAUAUGGAGUUGAGCAGAGAGGCAUUGAACGCGUGCCUGAGAAUGAGCGCACGGAUAACAAACACCCAUUGUUAAAUGUCGCCACCAUGUGGCUCUCGGCAAAUAUGGUUGUUUCUUCCUUUGCAAUUGGGGUUUUAGGUCGUUCUUUGUUCUUCCUGGGCUUUGUGGAUGCUAUUCUAGUCAUUCUCUUCUUCAACCUGCUGGGUAUCAUACCCGUUUGCUACUUCUCAACCUUCGGUCCACGUUUUGGACUUCGCCAGAUGGUAUUGUCACGUUUCUGGUUCGGCUGGUACGGCGUAAAGCUCAUCGCCGUCUUCAACGUCCUCGCUUGCAUAGGCUGGUCUUCUGUCAAUUCGAUUGUCGGCGCUCAGCUAAUUCAUGCCGUCAACAACAAUGUUCCGGGAUGGGCUGGUAUUCUUAUCAUUGCCAUCUGCACCAUGCUAGUGUGUUUCUUUGGCUACAAAGUUGUACACGCCUACGAGUUUUAUUCUUGGAUCCCAACCUUCAUCAUUUUCAUGAUCAUCCUAGGCACAUUCGCUCACACUGGCGAUUUCGUCAAUAUUCCAAUGGGCGUUGGUACAUCUGAACUCGGCUCCAUCCUUUCUUUUGGCUCCGUUGUCUAUGGUUUCGCAACUGGCUGGACUAGCUACGCUGCAGACUAUACUGUCUAUCAGCCCGUGACUAUGAGUCGUACCAAGGUCUUCUUCGCCACCUGGAUCGGUCUGAUCAUCCCGCUCCUCUUCACCGAGAUGCUUGGUUGUGCCGUCAUGACCGCUACCUCACUCAAUGGCGGCGAUAACAUCUAUCAAAAUGGUUACGAUGCAUCCGGCUCUGGCGGUCUUCUUGCCGCCGUUCUCUUCCCCCACUUAGGCAAUUUCGGAAAAUUCUGCUUGGUAAUGCUCGCUCUUUCCAUAAUUGCCAACAACUGCCCCAACAUCUACUCGGUCGCUCUCACCAUGCAGGUUGUGUCUCGUUGGACUGCCAAAGUUCCACGCUUUAUUUGGACCUUUCUUGGUACAGGUGUCUAUAUCGCUAUCGCAAUUCCUGGUUACUCCCAUUUCGAAACCGUGCUUGAGAAUUUUAUGAACUUUAUCGGUUACUGGCUCGCCAUUUACGAGGGCAUCGCCAUCUGUGAUCAUUUUUUCUUCAAGCGAGGUUUCGGCGGUUACAAACCAGAGCUCUACACCGAGCGUGGGGCUCUCCCACCAGGAAUUGCCGCCGUCGGUGCUUUCUGUUUUGGUGUUGCUGGAAUGGUGACUGGCAUGUCUCAGGUUUGGUAUGUUGGUCCGAUUGCUCUUCAUGCAGGUGAGGCCCCAUACGGCGGUGACGUUGGUUUCGAACUUGGCUUUGCUUUCUCCUUUGUGACCUAUUUCAUUUUCAGGAAGCUGGAGCUUAAAUAUUUUGGAAGAUAAAUCGAUUUAAGUUGUAGUGGAGGAGCGCUUAAAACUUUCGCAGACUUUUCCCUUCUUGUUUUGAUAACUAGGUAUGAGACGGAAUGGUGACGGGUCACGUGAAGCGAUGAUACCACUAAUUGGAAAGUUUCCUGUCUUAUCUAGCCGAUCCUCGUGUCUAUAUAUAACCCAAUUUAAAUUUUACUUGUACUAGA